AUGGCUGCUUCAGAUGGAGUAACUAACCGGAGACGGAGAGACUCAGAGAAUAGUCGUGGGCAGAUGUAUCAGGAGGUGGUGACGGUGAGAGAUCGACCGGAGAAGAAACAGCGAGAUCCGGAAUCGUUGAAUCGGAGUAAGAGGAGAAGAAGCGAGAGAUUCGCGCCGAGGAACGAGAGAGAUGUAGAAGACGAUAGCUCGGAUGAGAGUCUGGGAGAAGAUGAAGUUCAGCAUAAUUAUCACAGGAAGAGCUUCCCGUCAGGUCGUAUUCCCAGGCAUGCGGCGUCUUUGAAGGUCGCCGAUGAAAUGAUCGGUGUACCUGUCCCGAGAAAGGCUCGCUCAGCAUGUGUAAAGAGGUCGCAUGACUGCCGGACAUCGUCGGGAAGCGGUGGCGGAGGAUUCGGAGAAGACCGUCGAAGAACUCCAGCUUCGCCGGGGAGCUGCAGCUUUGAAGUUAUUUCACCGUCUUCUUCAACAGUUUCGGUCAAGCAGAGGAAGAAUGGAAAUGGAUCCAAAUCCCGGAUACCCAAGCCACCGAAAUCCUCCGGUACGAUUGAGGACGACUUGGAGAUUGAAAUAGCGGAGGUUCUAUCUGGGCUGAAGAAACAGCCUCAUAGCUCAAAGAGAGAAGACGAGUCGGAGAAUUCCCUUAAAUCAUCGGAGGUUAAAGGUGUGAAGAAGUCGAAACCGGAAGGCGAUGAUUCUUCCGCAGGUUUAGAGAUCGGCGGUUUAAUUACUUGUAAAGCGAGAAUCGAAACUGGGAACGUUGAUAAAACCACGAAUGGAACUAACAUAUCGCCAGUAAUCUCCGAUAUCCCCAAGUAUAUAGAGCGAAGGCAAGAAACACCGAGCACAUUGGAUGGUGUUCUGGAAAAACAAUGGCUAGAUUCACGGGAUUCGAAAGGGAUAUCAGACGGUCCACAGUUGGAAACCAAUGAAAAGGAGAGUAAUUGUAGUAGUAAGCUCCAGAUUGAUCUGAUGCAAGAUAGUUCUGUAAAGAACAAUGACAAGAUUUUCGUCAAGAAUGAGAUGGCUCUAGCAGAAGUGAAACAGAAGGUUGAAAAAGGCGAAUGGUUGAAUCUUGAUCUAGAGACACUGAGCCAAGGGACUGGCAGAGAUUCUAGCCUAAGGUUACAAAGUUUGGACUGGAGCCAACCUCAGCAGGCUAAAUCUGCUCAGCAGAGUUCAGUCUCACCUUUGCCGGUACCUAUAGGCUGCGUUGUCUUACCUCCUCAGGGAUAUGUACCCGUAAUCCAGAACGGAAAACCUGUGGAUGGGAGCAAUGGAUCUUCUACAUCAGUGCAGGGUGCUCCGUUUUCUGCCUCUCAGCCUAGGCCAAAGAGGUGUGCCACACAUUUUUUCAUUGCCCGGAACAUUCAGCUGCAUCAGCAGUUCGUCCAAACAAACAAUCUCUCUCAACCAAACAAAGGUCCUGUUUGUCUGAACGGUGGUGACUUGAGGCCAGCCGCUGGGAUCCCAUCCUUGCUAGGAAGCUCUCCUACUCUCACUUUAAACUCUGAGGCACAAGAUAGAAUCACGGCUAAUAUUUCUGCGUCUAAGGAUAAAACCUCUGAAAGUGGUCGUUCUGCUUCAACCAGACAGAAGAAACCUCAACCACCACCACCUGGACCUAGUAGCAUAAUGCCUGCUCAAGCUUUCAUCUACCCUACAAACCAUCAUUUGCAACCGGUACAUUCUAAAGCACCUCACCCUACGAAGAAUCAAGGUGUGGCUGUUAGUUCAGCAUCCAACAACUUUAACCAUCCAAGCUCAUUACCCAGCGAAGCUUCUUGUCCAUACUUUGCAGUUGUUCCUAACAAUGCUUAUACCUUUCAACUGUCAUCAACCAUCAGAGGUGGGAGUCCAGGCCAACAGUUGCCUUUCUUCAACGGGUCCUUUUAUUCGUCGCAGAUGUUUCAGCCUCCUCAGGUUCUGCAUAAACAGAGUGAAGGCCAGAGGGAGACAAAAGCAGCAAACUGUUCCUCGUCAUCCCACAGGCAACCGCAACUGCAGUUUAGUGUGAAUAGUCUUUCAAGCCAAGCUAAUGUUCAGAAACAUCGUCAACAUCCUCAAAAGUCUGGGGCUAAACCAGCUGGAGAUUACUCAGAUUCAAGGGGAAGCCUCACUCAGAAAGGAGGGCAAUAUGGCCAGAUCAUGACAGCUCCGAUUCAGCAGCCACAGAACUUUUCCAUGUCAUUUGCCUCUUUCGGCGGCGCUUCUGCCCCUGCAAAUUUGAAUUUCUCCUCCAAUGGCUACCAUAUCGUAUCUGGGUCUCCUCUUGUUCACCAGAAAAUCCCCCAAGCGAGUGACUCAAAAAUAGGAGGUGGGAGCUGUUCAAGCAAUGCGGAGGACCAGAGAAAGACUCUCCCCGGGAAGCCUCCAGCCAUGAUGAAUGGUCAGACGCUGGUUUUCGACAAUCCUCCGAGAACCCUCAAUUUUGUUUCUGGUACUUGGCCUCCACCUCCCGCAGCAACAUCCAUAAAUGGAGACCGUUCAGUGUUUACCAAUCAUCAUCUUACGCAGAGGCAAACGAUGACUCAUUCCCAGGCUGACUCUGUUCCUGCCACGUCAACCCAGUGGAACAACCCUGCGGCCCCGUCAUCACUCACGUCGUGCAAUUCCUUAAAUAUCAAGCAGUACCAGUCUCGACAUCAGAAAAGAACACACGGACAGACUCAGAUUUCUUUUGCAGCACCGUCAAAGUCGGGGACGUUUGAUGGCUCUUCUUCUUCAGCGUCACAUGGCAAAGCAGCAAAUCCUAAGGCCAGCAAUAAUACCAGAGCCUUGCCAUUAUCACCUGUUCCUUCUUCACAAGACCAGACAGAGAAUUCAGCUUCUGGCUCGACACAAAAAACAUCUCCAGUUUGUGGGAGGAACGUGCCACCGAUCAUAACUUCGCGUCCGGGUCACCUGUCUGAGCUAAAGUAG